AUGCGUUCCCUCCUUCCCCUCGUCGUCCUUCCACUCCUAGCCCUCGCGGCCCCACCAACUUCUCCAACAAUAACGCGGCUCGUUUUCUCGGGCUCAGGAUGUCCUAAUGACUCUGGUUCCGUGAAGUCUGACACCGCAACCAUCGGUGACAGCGCCGGCGUCUCCUUCACGCAACUCAAAGGCGACACAACAGAUAACUGUGCUGUACACAUUCAGUCAGCUGGAGCGAGCGAAGGCUGGCAAGUUGCGGUUCGACAAGUGGACUACGUGGGCGAUGUGAAUUUGAAGGGAAACAGCGGACUGGAUACAUAUACCCAGGUCUUCUGGAGUGAAAAUGCUGGAAAUACUGUGAAUAGUCAUCAUAUCAAGGCUGAAUGGAGAAACGCUGACGAUAUACAGGGCGUGCUCACAGGUGGUCUCGCAUGUGCUGGCCCAGAGAUCAAAGACUACAUUACUGUGCGGAGCAGCACCGCGGAUCUGAAGUGGUCAAAGUGUACUGGCGCAGAUGGCAAUCCUGGUAUCUUGAACGUCAACUUUAGGCCAGUCGUUCAGGGGGACUUUGGUACAUAUGACUUCAAACAUGCUGCGUGGAAGUUGGAAUGGCGGAGAUGCUAG